AUGGCAACUGAGAAGAUCGUUGCCGUCCAGCUGAAGGAGGACUGGACCAAGGAGAAAGCAUCGCUCGCAUUUCUCUUCCAUCCAAACGUCUAUCCCUUAAGAGAAGUGAAGAAAAACACCAUGGCUUGGCUUCAUCUAGACCAGAAAACCGGUGGGCGCGGUACCAACGAGUGGGCUAUCAUCACACCCCUCACGAUGACAAUCAAUGGGCCGGUCAACAUGUUUGACGGCGAUCAUCCUCAAAUCGCUGUUCCGUGGCAGCUUCUCCGCAUCGGAAUACGCGUCACCAAGGACUGGGUCAGCGGCGAGCCUGAGUUUGACAGGGUAGAGAAGCUUUUCGGGGCCACUGCAUUCCUCGAGGGCGAAAUGCUGAUGUGCGAAGAGAUGAGCAACCCUCUUCCGGAUCUGAUCAAUGUCAAAGAAGCCUAUUUCGAUACUGAAAUAGGCUUUAACAUUUCACCGUCUGACUCUAGUACCAUUCAUCGCGAUUUUAUGGACUUCGCCUAUCAAAAGACAGACAACUGCGUCAACGAUCGCGUCGCGAUAAAGCAAAGCGCAAAGGAGACGACGUCUUAG